AUGGAACUUCUGGUUCUAUUUUUUCUUGUGAUAGUGGGGGCCAUCGCCAAGCCCCAGGGUUACAAUCUAACACCCCCUUCUGGACCAUCUUUACUCCCACGAAGAUGCAGCAACGGACAGGUGUUACAUGUGGACGGCAGGUGCGUUACUCCAAGAGUCAACCGUCGUGUAUUCUUGUAUAAUGUUCCGAAGGUUCCAGCGUCAACAGGUCCUCCACCUUUUAUCCCUGCACCAACCGUGGAGACCAACCUGCUGUUCAUCCGAACUCCUGAAGGAGGACAAGGACCAGAUCCCAUCGUUGUACCUCCUCCGCAAAGGGAACAUAUCGUAUACGUCCUGAAUCAACAAUCUGAAGAAGUUCAAAAGGUGAUUGAAGUUCCUGCAGCGCCACCAUCUGACCCAGAGGUUUACUUCGUUAACUACGCAGAAGGAGAAAACCCAACUCUUCCAAGCGGAGUGGAUCUGCAAACUGCCUUGGAUGCGGCUUCGGCUGGCAGUGGUCAGUUGGUUGGGGGCUCUGAGAGUACCAGUGGUUUCGGAGCUGGCAGUAGGAUCGCAGGCGUUAAUGGCUUCGGAGCUGGCAGUGGUAUCGCAGGAGUUAACGGCUUCGGAGUCGGCAGUGGUCUCGGAAGCAGCAGUGGUAUCGGAAGUGCUACUAGCGGUGGCUUAGGAGUUUUGAAUGGUUUUGGAAGCAGUAGUGGAACAGGAUCUGGAAGUGUUUUCGGAGGCAGCACCGGUUUAGGAAGCAGCGAUAGUUUUGGAAGCAUUGGUUUCGAAAGCAGCAAUGGUGUUGGAGGUAUCAAUGGUUUCGACAUUGAUAGUGGUUUCGGAAUCAGUAGUAGUUUUGGAAUCGGUAGUGAAUUUAUUUCUAGCAGUGUUGAAGGAAAUAAUGACGAGUUUAGAACCAGUGGUGUUGGAAUCAAUAGCAUUUCGAGCGAUGAACAUACUUCAACUCUCCCACUGGAAAAGCGAACAGAUUCUACAAAGUAUGGCUCGCGAUCCAGUACUGGAUCGCAAGCUCAUGGGAGCCAUGAACUAGCUAAGGUCGUCGCACUCCUAAUAACGACGCAGCCUGACCGCUAA